GUGCUGUUGAGUGCUGUGAAAGCAGCACCAUGGCAAUGGCGUCUUCUUCGAUCGACGAAGAUGGCGCUAAGAAGCUUGCGAGCUUCUUUGGAAGAAUGGCCUCCAAGAAAGGAGGCAAGUUUGAGGGUCAUGCAAGCGUGAUGCUUAAGCGCUUGCGACGUCGGAUGCCUUUCGCAUUUGGAGAGGAGGCUGAAGCAAAAACGGACAAGGAGGUGGAAAAUUCUCCAGUCAGUGACGGGACGACGUCCACAUCAACUCUGAACCUGGGAGAGAUGCCCGAUAGCACCGGAACAAACGAGAAUGGUGCAGUUGUGCCAAGAAAGGGGCAAACAGUCUGGUGCCGGGGCAUCACCUGUGAUGCCCCGAUGAGGGAGGUGAUUAACAAAGAGGAUACUAUCAAAGGAAUUCAGGAGACUCGACGCAUGUCGUCUCCAGAGCCGCCUUUGUGGCGUCCUUUGAUGAUUCGUGAAACGAGCAGAGACAAGGGACUCCUGCUGUGCGAUGUGGAAGCCAAAAAACGUGUGGAGCAUGUUAUAUCAACAUCCGCAUGCAGCACUGCCUGGAUGCCUGGGCUUUCCGAGGGUGGAAGCAGCAUUGGUCAGAUUUCUGACCCGGAUGAAGAGGAGGAAGCGCCGGCAGGGGUGCCGGUGGAGGCGCCGGCAGCGCUGGCGGAGGUGCCGGCGGAUUCCGCGCCGGCGGAAGCGCCCAAAGACCUGGAGAGAAGUCUGUCGGAGCGGCAAAUGCUGGUGCGCGAAAAGCGAUGGUCCACAGACUACCUACAUCGUUUGAGCACCAGCUUGGAUACCAUUGACCCUGGAAUGGAAAAAUUGAUGCGAAUUUGGCCACAGGACGUUUCCGAGCUUCUGCAGAGGUCAGUGGACGCAGUUCUGUUUCCCACGGCGAAGGCUCCUUCCACGGAGAAGCUGAUUUUCCAGAACGGUGCAUUUUCCAUCCCCCACCCGGAGAAGGCCACACCGGGCGGCGCUGACAGUUACUUCGCAGCUGAGCAUGGUCUCAGCCUGGGAGUAGCAGACGGCGUGGGCGAGUGGGAAUGGCGAUUCGGCAUCAACGCACGUGCUUUUGCAGACGAGUUGAUGAACGGUUGCCAGGACCACUUGAAAGACAAGACAGAUAUGGAACUGGAUUCUUCUCGUGGAGGUCCAAGCCAGCACGCCUUGCAGGCAUUGCAGAACGGAUUCCGCGCAACAAAGUCGUUCGGCUCCUCCACUGGCUUGGUUGCUGUCUUGAACAGGUCUGGUCAUUUGGGUGUUGCAAAUUUGGGCGAUUCUGCUCUUCUUCUCUUGCGUCGUAAGGAGGUGGAUCCGAUGAGUGGCUUCCAGUGCCUUGCGCGCACGCGUGAGCAGCAACACGCCUUCAACUGUCCGUACCAACUUUCUCUAUUGCCUCAACCAGAAGAUUUUCCAGCCUUGCUCGAGGAGGGAAAGGAGAAGCUGGUCCGCGCCAUGGAACGUCGCCCCAAGUCCAAAACUGACUGCCCAUACGAUGCAGACCUUUUUGACUUACACGUACAGGAGGGAGACCUGUUGGUCCUUGGAACAGAUGGCGUCUUUGACAAUCUCUACGUGGAUGAGAUUUGUGAGCUGGCCGGUGCGGCCGUUGGUCCCUUAGAGGCAGACGCUUGUCACAUCACGGAGGCUGCACAGAUCGCACAGGCUGUUGCAAAGGCUGCGUUCCAUCGCUCCUUGGAUCGCCUCGCAAAGUCGCCAUUCUCGGAGCACGCACGCCAGGCUGGAUUAUACCACACUGGCGGCAAGAUGGACGACAUUACCUGCGUUUGCGCCUGGAUUUUGUCGCAGUCCUAGAGACGGCACUGAAUGCAAGACCUGUACCAUCCUUAUAUCCUUGACCCCUUGUUACUGACUCACCUGUCCCAUAGUGGACCAAAUGCUGCUGGGCGGCGUGUUGCGAUAUCUCCACGGUUGCCAGGCUGGUCCAAUCCAGUUUAACCAGCUCCGCAGCCGAGCUUUCUGCCGCAAAUUUCCCAGAUGUCACAGAAAAC